CAUGUCGUUUCAAAACAGGAAGUAGAAACCAGAGUAAAAUUUCAGCUAGUGAUGUUUUUCUGGUCGUCACUUUGCUUGGAUAUUUCAGACUUUGAAACAAAGACCUGUCCUAGAGAAAGAGAGUAAACUGGCUGUUAGGUUUAUUGCACAGUUAGCUGUUAUGCUAAGUCGGCUAGCUUUAAAAUCUUCAUUCCAUGCGAUAAAAGGAGCCGAGACUCGAUGAGUAUCCGAGCGCUGUGGGUUGUCACCCACGAAAAGGGUGAAUCAGUAAAAGUGCAGUUUUCCAGGCGGUACCCCUCAGUGGAGUUUCGUGCUAAAACCUUUGCUGGAGCUCACUACGUGUCUGUUCCUGAGGACUGUGAUAUAGCCCAGCUCCUGCUGACUGAACUGGGCCUGGCAGACCCUGACAAGCCCUACAUUGCUGCAAGGGAUGACUGUUCCCGCCAGCAGCGAUCUCCUGCACUGGAGCUUCGUGUUGGUAGCUCAGGUGUGAGAACCCUAUGGCCGGUCCUAACCAUCGUCCAAGGUGGACUAAUCCUUGCCUGUCUCCCACUGAUCGAAGUCCCACCUGAUCCUCGACCUCCCCUUCCCAGCCUGGCUUCCGUCUCUCAGGGCUUAGCCCUUUUAUCUAGCCUCCAGGUCUUCCUUUGUGGCACAGGGGGUAAACCACCAGAGCCGGAUGUGCUUGUCUCUCGCUUGACAACGCUUCCUUCAGUACUGAUGCAGGUUUGUCCGUUAGGGACCCCCCUGGACACUCUUCCUCAGUCUGGGACGCUGCCUGCAACUCUGGCUCCAGGCCCCGGCGGUGCUCAGAAACAGCCUGCGUGGAAAACAGGGGUUCAUCGAGGGAGAGCGGUGGUAAGCGUGGCCCUCACAGAGAUGGUGAGGUCUAUGCAGUAUGGAAAUCAGAGCAAACAGGAUCUGUGGGAUGUGCAUGGGACGGUAACAUGCAAAUGUGAAGUGGAGGGUGUUCUGCCCAAUGUCACAGUCACCCUCACAUUGCCACCCAAUGGCUCACCCCUGCAGGACAUCCUUGUACACCCCUGCGUGACGUCGCUAGAUUCCAGUAUUCUUACAGCUAGUAGUGUGGAGGAGAACGAUGGCUCGACCUUUUCAGGGCCAUACAAAUUUCCUUUCUCUCCGCCUUUGGAGCCUUUCCGACUCUGUAGUUAUACCUCCCAGGUGCCUGUGCCGCCUAUUCUUGGUUCCUACCAUCUCAAGUCAGAGGACAACCAGCUCAAGCUCAGUGUAGUCCUCAAACUCCAUGAGAGUGUCAGAAACAGCUUUGAAUACUGUGAAGCACAUCUGCCAUUUUUCAACAGAAACCUAAUGGGCAAUGUGGACAUAAAAGUGACCUCAGGACAGUUAGAGGUUUCUAAAGAGAAGAAUCUGCUCAUUUGGUUUCUUGGUCAGAAAUUUCCAAAGUCACGAGAGGUAACUCUGGAAGGUACGAUUCAUUUCUCAGGGCAUCUUGCUGGACCAUCAGACCCUAUGUGUACAGAUCUCACUGCAUAUAUGAAACUUUACUUCCGAAUACCUGAUUUGACUUUAUCUGGAUGCUGUGUGGACCAGCACUCUGUACAAGUGUAUUCCUCAGCAAAGCCACGCAUCAUCACGACACGAGAACUGGUGGCCUCUGAAUACUACAUCUGGAACUCCACUGGAGACGCCCCUGUGUCUUCUGGACCUGUGAUACUCUAGCAAAAUGAUUAACUACAACACAGAGACCUUAAUAGCUGAUAAAACACCAUGUUUUGCUAUCUUUUAACUGAAUUAACCCAUUGGACAAAUGAGUGACUUUGUUAUGUCAGCAAAUAGACAGUGGAUGAAGUGUCAAAGCUACUUCUGAUAUAAAUGUGUAAGAGAUGUGCAGUAAGCCGGGUAGAGCCAAACUACCAAGGGAGAGUCAACCUUCUGCAGCUUUUUUUCCCAGUUUAUCCCAGAUCGACAUGCCAAAUCGUUUAUCUUCUUUGUUUAAAGAUUAAGUUCAUUGAUAAGUAUUUUCACAGAGUAAAAAUUGUGCAAUAAAUCAAAAAUUAAAAUAAGGCACUGACUGAAGUAAAAUAACCUUUUUACACAGUU